AUGCCUCACGUGGUCUUGGAAAGAAUCAGAAAUGCUCCAUUUCGAAAUGUUCAGAAGGACAGUGGAGAUAGUGGAGAUAGUAGAUCACGACUUGAUGUCCGAGCAGCCUACAUGAUCGAAGGCUUAGAACUUGGAGCUAAUAUGAUGUUUGCAGUGGGCAGCAUGUGCUUUCUACCAGCCUAUGCGCAUGAUAUGGACGUAUUUCUGCUUGGCUGCGGGCUCUUUGUGUUCGGGAGCUUUGUUUACUGUUGCAUCACCAUUUACACUCUGUGCGAGGCUGUGCACUAUCAUGACAACAUCCUGAACUUUGAAUCCAUUGAGCACGUUCUGUACUUGCUGGGUUCCUUGCUAUACCUCAUUGGAACCUUGAUGUAUUGGCCACCCGAGAUCGACCGCUACCACAUGACAUGGCUUGCAAAGCACCUAUCUCUGGGGGUUUACUUCAAUCUCUUUAGCACGCAAUUCGAAGGCACGAUUCUGUUCAUGGUCGGCUCAGCCUUCUUCGCCUUCGCAUCUUUUGUGAAUGGCUUGAAUCAAAGGAGCUUUGACACGCUCACCAACCAGCUCCUAACUGCGGUGACGUCCCUGUAUUUAGGUGGUGCCCUAUUCUUCGUGAUGGGAUCAGUUGCCUUCCUGCCGGACCUGGGAUGUAAUGGGACCAUGGUCUGCGUCGGUGCCACACUUUACAUCUUGGGCAGUCUGCUGCUUGGGAUUGGCUCCGUAGUCAGCAUCUACCGCACCAGCUACGUCUUGUCCAACCCAGAGAGCCAGCUGCUGAAGCCUGUGGGGUCCUCCUCCUCUACACCAUCCAUCGAGGAUAAGGUUAGCCACACAACUGAGACCUGCCUCACAAGUCUGGCGCAGGUACUGGAGGUAUCCCUGCCACCUGCAGUGAAAAGCUUGUCACUGUUGCAGCUGGAAGUUGUGGUGCAAGCGCUGGCCUUCAUCCCUCAUCUUCGCGACUUGGAUUUGGCCCAGAGUUCCAAAGUGCAGGUAGCUUGCGGCAGUAGCAGCAACGGCUUGGGGCCCAGCCUCUUCAACGCAUGCUUGGCUGCGCCACUUUCGGCCAUGGAUACUGCGGCAUUGGUUGGAGCCAUGAGAUCAGCCUGGGCACUUGGUUACGAGGCCCCGGGCUUCUGGGCUCCGGCCCUCUCCGAGGCCCAGCAGCGUGCGGACGAGGGCGGCGCGGACUGGGCCGUGGGCGACGUGGCCAACAGCGCGCUGCUGGGGGCGCGGGUGGCGAUGAAGGCGCCAGCCAAGCUGCAAGAGCCUAAGGCGACCAUGGGUGAGGCCCCAGAUGCAGCCGUACCAAGGGCCUGGGCACUGCUAGAGUCGAUCUGGCAGUUGGCACUGCAACGGAUUGAGGAUUUUGGACCACGAGAGCUUGGCAUUCUAGUGGUGGCCAUGGUCAAAAGUGACCAUGAGGAUGGUCACUUGUUCGCCGCCCUGUCACACCGGGCCCUUGAACUACUCCACAGCGGGACACGCUUCAAUACCAUGGAUAUUUGCCAGCUUCUUGUGGGGCUGGCACAUUUCAGAUACAGAGAUGAGCUGGUGCUCAAGGCUUUGGGAUCAAGAAUAGAGGCAAGCAUUGAGGACUAUGACUCCAAAGCCCGAGAUAUUGAUUCGUGGCUGCAUUUUGGUUCGGCCCAGGGUACAAUUCCGCACUGGCAGGUGCUGUGGUCCUUCUCGAAUCUUGGUGGAGUUCCUGGUAAGGACAGCCCCAGCUUGUCCGAAGCCCUGGUAGAAUACGAACUUUCCAGAGGUGCAUCGACAGAACGCACCGAGGGACACCUCCUGGCUUCUGAGAUCCUGCCAGUAGACAUUGCUGAUCUGACGGAGGACGGUGCCCAACUGAGUCAAGGAAAGAGUGCCAUGGGAUGCCAAUGGGCAAGGAGCAGCUUUCAGGAAGCUCUUGACGAAAUACGGUUGGAUAUGUGGCCGCAGUCUCAACAGUUGGAUCGUGCCCUUCAAGCCGCAGAGGCGGUCAGGUCGGCUGCGGCGGGUGCCAUGGCGGGCAACUCACCCACGUCCCCUUUACCGGGGGUGACACGGGGAGGGGGUCGACCAGCUCCCAUUGGCAGCUUGACAAGUGUCACCAUGCAUUCUCCCAUUGGAAGUUUGAGCUCAGUGAACGGUGGCGUCUUUAACAGUGGCCACUACAAAGCUACCCCCCAAGCCCAGCGCCGGCGCUGGUGUGACUACACCCCCACAGAGGUUUGGCCUGCCACCCCCAGUCCUGCAGGGCAUGAGGCGGCCUGCAGCUUUGGCGUUCCAGCAGCCGGUCCUGCAAUGACAGUUUCAACAUCACCUUCAGCAGCGCUAGGAGCCACCUACUCCGCCUUGCCUGGGCAUGUUCCUGGGCAUCACCCUUCACCAGGCUUUUUUCAAAUGCCCGUGCAACCGGGGCAGCUUGGUCAAAUCCCUGGAGCUGGUGCACAGAUGGUCUUUGUGGCUCCUGCCUCGGCUGCUGUCUCUGCCUCUGCUCCUGCACCAGCAGAGCCACAGCCAGCGCCGCAAGAACCAGGCCUAGUGAGCGACACCAAUGCCCUACAGCAUGCUGCCGGUAGGCAACUCUUCAACGAGGCCAUGGACCCCGCGACCCUGGAUGGCGCCAACACCAAUUUGCCCUCCAAAGGCUCGACGCUUCAUGGCACUGGCAGGUGCAGCCCAUGCGCGUGGUUCUGGAAAGCCAGAGGUUGCAAUAGUGGUUUCGACUGCACCUACUGCCACAUGUGCCCUGAAGGUGAGUUGAAGUCCCGAAAGAAGGCAAAAGUUCAAGCCAUCAGAAUGGGCGUCCUGGAGCCAGCAGGAAAGGCUGGGGCAAAUGCACAAGUGCACAACCGUGGUGCUUUGAAGCUCAACCAACUGAUCUGA